UUGACGUGAGGACAUGAUCAGAGACACAGCAGAGCCUGAACACGCUGUCUGUGUGUCAUGGAUUAACAUCAACAUUGUGCUGGCUUGAGAGCUGCAGUCCCCCGGGGGAAUAAAAGCCGGCGUGCUGAAUAUUUUGGUGGAGGCUUCUCCUGCUGUGUGUGCCAAGAUGGGGAACGGAUUAUCGGACCAUCACUCUCUCCUCCCAUGCCUCCCUUCCUUCCAGGCUCUUCACAUUGUCAUUUUAGGACUGGACUGUGCGGGCAAAACCACUGUGCUUUAUCGUCUGCGUUUCAAUGAGUUUGUGAACACUGUACCAACCAAGGGGUUUAACACAGAGAAGAUCAAAGUGUCAAUCAAAGGCAGUCGGCGGACGGCGUCCUUCCACUUCUGGGAUGUGGGCGGCCAGGAGAAGCUGCGGCCGCUGUGGCGGUCUUACACGCGCUGUGCAGAUGGCAUCGUGUUCGUGGUCGACUCUGUGGAUGCGGAGCGCAUAGAGGAGGCCAAGACGGAGCUGCACAAGAUCACGCGGCUGGCAGAGAAUCAGGGUGUGCCAGUUCUGGUGGUGGCUAACAAGCAGGAUUUGAGGAACUCGCUCAGUCUGGCUGAGAUGGAGAGUAUGUUGGCUCUGGGCGAGCUCAGCACGGCCACACCCUGGCACCUACAGCCCGCCUGUGCUAUCAUUGGCGAGGGGCUGCAGGAAGGUCUGCAGAAGCUGCACGCCAUGAUCAUGAAGAGGAGGAAGAUGCUGCGGCAACAGAAGAAGAAGAAGAGAUGAUGUGCCGAGAGUGGAAACUACAACAUGUGAGCAGGAUUCUGAGGCAACAUGAGAAAAGUUGAUUGUGUUUGCUAAGAAAAGAGACAAAACUAUUCCUGUCCAGUUCGGCUUCCCCUCUCAAGUCUGCCCAGCUGAGUUUGAGCAUUCCCGUGGAAAUGUUGGAGUUAGCCAUCGUUUGGCUCCCGAGGAGGACUGCAGGAUUGAUUUAUGCCCUGUGGACUCUCCCGUAAAGUCAGUACAGUAUUAUGCUAUACAGAAGCAAACUAUGAAGUUUACACUGAAGUCUUAGUGAGGGACAAUGAGCUCUGACUUUUCUGUUUUAUGUAAUUUGUUAAAACACAUGCUGCUUCUCCAGUCUUUGAAUUUGUAUUUAGUCAAAGCUUGAGUUAAGAUUACAGAUUGAGUCAUAUUUGAAAAAAAACAACUAAAAACAUCAAAGUGGCAAACGCCAGUGGACAGAGUACUGGAUAAUUGUACCUAAGUGAAAGUACGCAUAACUUGUGUACCCAGAUUAAGUAGGUCAGAGGGACUUUAAAGAGCGAUAUAGCUUUAAGGUAAAAAGGCAUAUACACUGUUCCCUUAUGAGACCGAUAAAGAACCCUUAUGAUACAUUCCUUCUAUGGCCUUACUAGAAUAAUCCAGAAAAAAUAGGACAAAACUCAGAAUAUAAACAAUAGUGAAGAUCAAUAAAGAAAAUGUAUGGCAGGUUUCCAUAAAUCCAAGUAGAAACAACAGAAUAAAUCAACACUAUGACCAAAAGCAAUAUUAACAAUAUAAGAUCCACAAACACAUGUAAAAAUAACAAAAAUAAAGUGUGUGCGGUCCUCCCAGACUGUGAAGUACACACGCACACAGCGCCACAUUGCUAAGCAGCAUAGUGAUCUAUGGUCGCCUCUUGACAGGAAGUUAUGACAGUCAGUGGAUUUGUUGUCGUAUUCACUUGUCUGAAUGUCAAUAUUUGAGCCGCAUUCACUGUGAAGUCCCUAAAGAAUCAAAGUACAGUACUAUAGAACAACAUUACCCAAAAUACUCACACAGUACACAGCAAGUGACUUUUUGUCACAUUCAUGGGAGUAAAUGCUCAUUACACCCCUGCAGUAAAGUGACAGUAUUUUGUAUCCAUGUUACAGUGUGAGUCCAGAAGUUUACAUGAAGAUUGAUGGUGGUGUACUUAAUUCAUUGAUACACAACAAUUGACAAAUCUGAGCACAGCCACAGCCGAAAGUCUUCACAACACAUCAGUGUUAAAUGUCAGGGUUUUGGUGCCAGUCCUUCAGAGUGAAGAAACACUUGUUUUUAAACUUGUCACUCAGCUCCGACAUGAAGUACACAGCAGUGAGGGAAGGAGAGUCCGUUUUAUUUUCACUGACAGUUGCAACAAAAGACCAGAGUGCAGUGCAGACACACUGCUCGGUUUCUAUUAGUACAAGGCUGCUAGUUGCUCUGUACCAGUACAUGACCUUAGUUUCGGUUGAUGAUGGAAAGUUACACAGUUUAAAAUCAUCAAUAUGCAAAGUCAGUAAAAUGCCAAAGAAUCUUGAAGUUGUUAAUAUAUCACCUGAUAUAUUAUCAGGAUUAAACUUGAAAACCUUAAUUAUUUCCCCUAAACAUGUAGUAUUGGUAUAGCCAUGCUACCGUGUGAAUUAACAUUGUUUUAGGAGUGUCAGCUGGCUAAUUUUCAACAUAACAUAACUUGAUCAAAUGUUAUAUGUAUAAACAUAUGCAUCCAUACAUUUGUUUUUCAUAAAAAAAGACUCAAAUGCUCCUAAUGAUGCUUAAAUCAGAAUCUAUCUGCUGAAAGAUUAGAGUAGUAUGAAUUUAACAUUCAGCAGCCUAGAUUUGAAACCCGUUUUCAAAAUUUGCAAUAUAUUUUGUAAAAUUAGCUAGUGCGCUAACAUUAGUUGGCCCUCCCUGCAAGUCAACAUUCCUUAGCUAACAAUAGUGAGCUCACCACAUAACAUUGGUAUAACCUACCACUGCUGUUUACAGUGAUUCUGCUUUAAUGCUCUGUAGUUAGCUAUCAAUAUCCAUCAGUCUAAUUUAAUAUAACUGCAUUUUUCAAUCAUAGAUUCAGCUUCACUCAUUUUCCUUUGUCAUAGUCUGUUUAAGUUUUUAAGUCAUGUAAAUAAUGAAUAAAAAAUCAUUAUAAACUGUGAUGAAAGAUUUUGUAGUUGGCUAAAUAGAUAAAUGAAUAACAGGUCAAUACAAAGUAGAUGAUUUUAAAAACAGUGUACGAGCCACCAGUUGUCUCCUCGUGGCUGUAACAGGAGAGAAUGAUUGGCUGCUGGGAGAAGCUGUGACCUCAUCACCAACACCGCUCCAUAUACGUGUGUCUUGUGGAUUUGUAAACGUGUUGAUCGACAGGCUCAGCUGGCCCAGCAGGAAUAGUCCCCUGUCGAGUGUCCGUCCUCAGAUACAGGCUGGUGUCCGAGCCAGUCUCACCUAUCUGACCACGCCGAGCCCGCGCCUGAAUGCACUUUAGUGGUCUUUGUCCUGAACCUCAAAUGGACACUGACAAGAAUUGUGAUUCUAGAAGUGAAAGAGGUGAAACAUUGCUUCAAAGGAAGCGUUUUACACAUCUCACUGUUCCCAGAUUUCACUCCCCCACUCUGUAAGGGGUUUGAUAUUUAUGUGUUUGAUCCACUUUGUUCACUUGGAAUAAAAGCUACAACAGGUUGGUUA